AUGAUUUCAUUCGCAGCAGCAGAAAAUUUUCUCUGUUCUAACGAAGAGAGGCCGGUUUGGAUUCUGGGGAAAAAGUACAAUUCUGUAAAGGAUCGUGAUGAAAUAUCGAAAGACAUUCGGUCUCGGUUGUGGUGUACCUAUAGACGCGGUUUCUCGCCGAUCAAUGAGGCCAAUGGACCUACUUCGGACACUGGUUGGGGUUGUAUGCAUCGUUGCGCCCAAAUGAUGAUUGGCCAAACAUUAAUUAUUUUACAUCUUAGUCGAGAUUGGCGAUGGGACCCCGAAGAUGUGGAUGAAAUCUAUCUGCGCAUUUUGAAGAUGUUUGAAGAUCGACCUUCCGCUAUUUACUCCAUUCAAUCCAUUGCCUCCUUCAAUGAUGCCGAUCGGAAAGUUGGCGAUUGGUUGGGUCCUAAUACCGCCGCUCAAGUACUUAAAAAAUUGGCUCCUUGUGAUCGAUGGACAAAUCUGUACACCCAUGUUACUGCGGAGGAUGGAAUUGUAAUUCAAGAAAUCAAGAACCUUUGCUAUCACAAUGAACACUCCCAAGGUCAUAACGCAUCCACCGAAAUUAACGAUUCCUCUUGGGAGAAACUAUCCCGAAGCAAAGAUGAAAGAAAACAUAGUGAGAGGGCCCUCAUUGUAAAUACUCCCAUCAGUAUAGACCAAGAUGGUGAUUUCGUGGAGAUUGUAAUGCCCCCGGUUUGCAAUGUGCCCAGUUCCCCUUCGGACAAUGAGGAUACUCAUCCCAGGUCACCGGAUUCUAACCUCUUCAAACUCCAGCAGUGUGUUGGCGUGCUAGGUGGUCGUCCAAUGCACGCGCUCUGGUUAAUCGGGUGCAUUGGUGAAAAGGAGGUCAUUUUUCUUGAUCCCCAUGUCACCCAGCCUGCGGCAAUCUUUUCUCAAUCAAGUCCCGAAGCCUUCUCCACACUGGACGCCUCAUUCCAUUGCUCCUCUUAUCAACAACUCCCAUUAAAUCUCCUAGAUCCCUCGCUUGCUGUGGGUUUUGUUUGCGCAACCGAAAGUGAAUUCGACGCCCUUUGUGAGGACCUAAAGAAGUACGGUAUUGCUCCUGCACUCUUCGAGGUACAUGAUACACGACCUUCUUAUCUUCCUCCACCGUCUUUCUCCGCUGUUGACACCCCGGAAGGCUGGGGUGAAGUGUGCACCUCAGUACCUGCAUCACCUCUUCAGCAUGAUUCUUCCCAACUGCCAUCUUCCAGUGUAAAAGCUGGUCAGUUUUAUUACAUAUUUUCAUGA